AUGAAGACCUCCGCUAUCACGGCUAUCGCCGCCACUGCUUUUUUCGCAGCACCUACCCUGGCUUCGCCCCGAGGCAGGGACCUUGAUUGGGUCCCCGAGUGCGGCGUCACUUGUGUUGAGCGCGCUGUUGCGGCACAGGGAUGUGAUCCUAACCUUCAAGAAUGCUACUGCGGCCGCGGGUUCUUUGACCCUUGGUAUGCUUGCGUCUCACAGGCCUGUAGCAGGGAAGACCUACCCAAUGGCUACAUUUGGGGGUUCACUCGUUGCGACCCUAAGACCCCUAUCUUCAUCGAUUCCGAGACCUACGACUUGAUCAAGGCGCCCCGCAACGAAACGACCGUUGGCCCUGUUCCCACAAGUACCGGCAUCUGGUCCGCCUCGCCCUCCUUCGUUUCCGAUCGUGACUGGGUCCUGGAGACCCCUCACAGCGUUAAGAGCAACAUCCAAACCAGAGCCAUCGCCGAGGAGACCGCUGUCAUCGUCACCGAGACCGCCACCAGAGCCUCCGCUACCGGCCCUACGGCUACAUCGACCAAGCCUGCCACUGUCACCGACUCCGGCUCUGUAAUGAUCAAGGCUGGUAUGGCCUCUAUUGGCUUGGCUUCAGUAGCAGCCAUGUUCCUCGCCGUGUAA